AUGGAAUCCCAGCUGUUCAAAAAGCUUGAUACCAUUCCUAUAAUUAUAUAUCACCAGUGCAUGCAUGGCGUGUGGCCCCAGGAGAUCACCCGUCAUUUAAAGAACCGGGUGCAUCAGAUGGCCAAUGCCGAUACCGUGGCAAUUCAGAAUACUGUGGCCCAGUGGAAGGGAAUUGCUAUUAAUGCUGAUACAGUUAAGUUUCCCCAUCAGCUGGCGCGGCAGAUCCCUGAGCUAUCUAUCUAUCCAGAUGGAUUGCUGUGUCAGCGGAAGUAUCCCCAAUACCGGUAUAUCACGCGCAGUAUCAAGGGUAUACAAUAG